UGUGACUAAUAUAUCUCAAAAGCGACCCAAUUAUUCGCGGCUCCUCUUUUUCUGAAGGAAUUUUCAAGGUCACUCUUUUCAGAUGCCACCAAACUUUUUAUGUCAUGUGAAUAAGUUUCAGAUUAUUCAAAGAUUCUUUUGAGACAAACUGAAACUCAAAAGGCUAUUUCACCAAACACAUUUCGGCAUCGAUGAUCGUCUAGAUCAUGGCAACAUGCAGAUCUCAGACAUGCCAAUGGCCCAGGCGGUAAUCGACCUCGAAGAGCUCUGCGCGGCAGCUCAUUCAAUAAUCGAAGAUAUCUUUGCCGACGAUCCCAUCCAGGGAUGUGGAAAGGCCGUUUUACAGUUAUUGAGGAGUCGUCCAGAUAAUCUUAUACAGUUUGCUCGCGAUAAACUACAUGCAUACCCAUUCAAGGAUGUGCCGACCUGCUGGCGGCGACUGUUUACCGACGCAAGCAUAUCUAAAGCCAUUUCGGAGAUUGAGUGGCAUCUGUCUCAGACCAAGCUUGAUCACCGCAUAAAUCACGGUCAAGCCGCUGUCAUCGCUAAUGACGGUGUCGAAAUUGUCCAAGAUGAAGACUGGCUUGCUUCUGUCGUGCGUACGCUGGAUACGGCCGUCAUUAUGACUGGUGCCCCGCUACGUCGCGAACUCAUUGAAACACUUAUAUCUGCGCUCGCAGAUUCCGAGAUUGUCAAGCAGGACCCAGCAGAAGAUCAACGCAGUAAGCGGCGAAAGCUUGAGGACGACACCUUUCCAAUAUCGGAAAUGUCUAUUCCUGAAAUCACCAAUGAAAUCCCUCGAGCGCGGCUGUCGCUGACCCAGUUUGAAACCCAUCUUGUCAAUCCAACGCCUGUAAUCCUAACGGAUGCUCUUUCUCACUGGCCUGCUCUCAAUGAACGGCCGUGGAAGAGCCCAUCUUAUCUCCUUCAACGAACUUUUGGAGGCCGACGUCUCGUCCCAGUCGAGAUUGGGCGAUCCUACACGGAUGAAGGUUGGGGACAAGCCCUCAUUCCAUUCCGAGACUUUAUGGAUCAAUAUCUAGUCCGUAAAGAUCUAGUUGAGAGCGCCUUACGAAAUGAAAAGACGGAUCAAACUAGUCAAAAAGAGCAUCGUAUGGGUUAUCUUGCCCAGCAUGACCUCUUUUCGCAAAUUCCAAAUCUACGCAAUGACAUCUCCGUCCCAGACUUUUGCUACACCAUUCCUCCGCCGCCGAUGCCUGGAACGCCGCUUGCGGACAAAGAUAUACCUGAGCUUGAUGAGCCGUUAUUGAACGCAUGGUUUGGUCCUGCCGGCACAAUAUCUCCGUUGCAUACGGACCCUUACCAUAAUAUCCUAUGCCAAGCCGUUGGAAGAAAGUAUAUCCGCUUAUACAGUCCAAUAGAGACGGAUAAAUUGUAUCCCAGAGGCAUCGAGGACGGCGGAGUCGAUAUGCAGAAUACAAGUCAGGUUGACGUAGCGGCAGCCAUGGCCGAAGAGGAAGCCGAUUGGAGCGACGCCAUGGGUACGGAGAAGACAGAUGAAAAGUUCCCAUUGUUUAAAGACGCCAAAUAUGUUGAAUGCAUAUUGGAAGAAGGAGAAUGCUUGUACAUACCUGUUGGAUGGUGGCACUUUGUUCGAAGUUUAAGCGUUAGUUUUAGUAUCAGCUUUUGGUGGAACUGAAACGCGUUAAAUACAGAUACGAGGCAGCCUUGAUUGAUUCUGAGCAAUUCCAGCCGACAAGCUCAGAGCUGAUUUCAAAGUGUAAAUAUUUUAAUCUAAUUUUUUAGCGGCAAUAAAUGUCUAAUUGCAA